CUUCCGGCGCCGCUCUGCCUCCGCCCGGCUUCCCCGCGGGGAUGCUGCGGCUGGGCCGCGGGCUGAGGCGCCUCGGGUCGGGACGCGGGGCUGGAGACUCCGGCCGGCUCCCUUUAAGUGCGGAGAUGCCCAAGAAAGCUGGUGCGACGAGCAAGGGUAAAAGCCAGACCAAGGAGCCAGAGACACCACUUCCUCCCUUAGGUCCUGUGGCAGUUGAUCCUAAAGGUUGUGUCACCGUAGCCAUCCAUGCCAAACCUGGUUCCAAACAAAACGCUGUAACAGACUUGACACCUGAAGCUGUGAGUGUGGCCAUUGCUGCGCCUCCGUCGGAAGGAGAGGCUAAUGCCGAGCUCUGUCGCUAUCUUUCCAAGGUCUUAGAACUCCGCAAGAGCGAUGUGGUUUUGGAGAAGGCGAAUCAAUUACAAAGGGAAAAAUUACAUCCUGUCUGUUGAACAUUAUAAGGAAGGCAGCUUUGAAAUCCAAAACCAUGCUAGAAGUCUCACCAGAUCUCUUUUUCCUAUCUGGUUUCAAGAACUCAAACUGUACUCGGAGCUGUGACCGAUGGUUAUUAGUACUCUGGAUAACCUCAAAUCCCUCUAGCACUCAAGAAAGAAAAUAAAAACAACCCCUCCAUCUCAAGUCUCCAGCAAGCUGGUCUCAGUCAGUAUUAACCUGAUGUGCUUCCAUCAUCUGCAUUCGACAUUUUAAAAUCAGGGAUUUCCAAAUAGCAAAUGCUACUAAUUUUUAGCUUAAUGUUUAUAUACAUUUGAUAUUUGAAAUUUGUUAUUUUCUGAAGCAUGUAAUUUCUUCUUUUGCUAGUUCGUGUAUUAAUUCACAUAAGAAUCACAAGUCUUCACUCGCAGUGUCUCCUGCUCUUCCCCCAUCUUCUGUCAGUUACUCCACAUGCUUCACAGCCGUGCUGUGAUUCACCACUCACCACGUCCUUCCCUCCCGUUGACGGAACGAACGUUUAUGCGGCACCGGUUACGUACCGCUGGGGGUGUAAUGGUCACAAGCUCUCAUUUCUACCUUAAGCCCUUGUAUGUUUGCUCACUUCUUCUCACGAUCACCCUGUGAAGAGUAGCAGGGUGAGUGUUCUCCUUAUCCUGACAGGGAAGCAAAUAAGCUCCAAGUGUAAGUGAUUUUCUCAAGGUCACACACCUUGUGAGAACAGGACUGGAAGCCAGGACUCCUUAUGCUAAUGCUAGAUGCUGUCAACAACAGACGGUCUAUUCGAGAUUAAUUCCAUUUGACACGAUUUUAAUUCUUCUCACUCUUAAAUUAUCCUUUUUUAAAUGUUACUUUCAGUCUCUCCCACAUGAAGCAGAAACCGUGUCUAUUAUUUCCUCUCAGUUUUAAGCAUAUAGGGGACAGGCUAAUGGUGACUGCUGUUUAAAAAAAA